AUGGUUGAAGACACAAUUGGUUAUGAUUACAAUUUGUUUGUCUUCCCCUCUGAGUGCAAUUUCUCUGAAGUGAGAUUUAGCCUUUAUUUGGUGAAUAUUGUUAAGCAAAAUGCAGAAAAUAAAUCUGGAAGGGGAAGUUGGAUGGUCUUAAUUGAUGCUGCAAAGGGCUGUGCAACACAGCCUCCAGAUUUGUCACUGUAUCCUGCAGAUUUUGUUGUCAUCACAUUUUAUAAGUUGUUUGGCUAUCCAACUGGAUUUGGUGCUCUCAUUAUUCGAAAUGAUGCAACUAAGUUAUUGAAGAAGACAUAUUUCAGUUCAGGUACCGUUGCUGCUUCAAUUGCUGACAUUGACUUUGUCAGAAGACGAAAAGGAGUUGAGGAGCAUUUCGAGGAUGGCACCAUUUCACUCCUUAGCAUAGCAUCAAUUUGUCAUGGGUUUAAGAUAUUGAAUACCCUCACUACAUCUGCAAUUUCUAGGCAUACUAUGUCACUUACCAUGUUUUUGAAGAAGCUCUUAGCUUUGCGACAUGAAAAUGGAGCAGUGUCUGCACUCUUCAUGGCAAUUGUUUCUAUGCAUGACUCUGGCUCUAUUGUCUUAUUUAAACUGAAAAGAGCUGAUGGUUCUUGGUUUGGAUAUCGGGAGUUGGAAAAAUUGGCAUCCUUAUCUGGAAUUCAGUUACGUACAGGAUGCUUUUGCAAUCCUGGUUCCUGUGCAAAAUAUCUUGGCUUGUCUAACUCGGAUCUUCUUUCUAACGUAGAGGCUGGGCAUGUUAGCUGGGAUGACAAUGAUGUAAUAAAUGGAAAACCAACUGGAGCGGUUAGAGUAUCUAUUGGUUACAUGUCAACUUAUGAAGAUGCUAAGAAACUUGUUGAUUUUAUGAGAAGGUCCUUUGUAUCCAUACCAAGUGAGUUCGAGAAAGGGUACCUGUUCAGAUCAAAGUCAAUUCCAUACCAAAACUGAAGGUUGUUCAGGGUUUUGGUUCAUUUUUAUUUCCAAUAAAAUGAAAACUAUUUGUUAGAUUUGCAAGUUCUCCUUUUCCCAAUUGGCAAAUUAUUUCCAUUGUAAAAUGACGCUAUUAUACCUAUAUU